AUGUUGUCACAAAAACCAGACAACAACGAUGCGACCGGUGUCCACGCAGAGGACACGGCGCCAUCGACGGCUACGCCGUCUGACGCUGAAGCCAUUCAGACCCUCAUGGACGUUCUCGGUGCCACACCGGAACUCACUAUGUCGAAUGACUUGAAUGAGUACCUCACUUCACCCCUAAUUGACUCGCCCUUCGAUGAUGAGCUGCUCACUACGCCCGCAUUCGACUCUGCGGACAUCAAUGCGGACAUCCUCACGAGUCCGCUUUUGGAUGAUUUCGGGGGUGACUCUUACGGCGAACUCCCAUCUCUCUUCGAUGAUUUCGGUUCUAUUUAUGCCCCAAACAAGCCCACUGAGCCGUAUCACGUCCCAAAACCCAACUUCGAUGCACUAUACCAAAUGUCUCCCGAUACUCCAAUGCUCAACACUCCAUUCGAAUCACCCCUCGACUCUCCUGCCAAUCGACAACCGCAGCGGAAGACUGCUGUCACUGGCACGCGUAAGAACAUUACGCCGGAGGCCCUUGUCCCUGUCGAUGCUCCCACGCAGCAGCGCAAGUACCUUACCCCGUCAGUGACCUCUCGUAAGGAGGUUCCUGCUGUUUUUGCUCGGAAGCGAGCGCGUGCGGCUGCUUUUGGUGACGAGCAAGACGAGCUCGUCGAGGACGUGCACAUCAACCCUUCCAUGACUGAGCAGCAGCAGAUUGAGGCGAAGAGGCGCCAAAACACGAUCGCUGCUCGACGAAGUCGCAAGCGUAAGCUGGAGUACCAACGUGAGUUGGAGGAGAGUGUUGAGCAGUACAAGCGCGAAAGUGAGAUCUGGAAAUCGAAGGCAAUGACUUACCAGGCCCUACUGCGAAGUCAUAACAUCGAGUAUCCCGAGCUUCCAGACCCAUGA